AUGCGCCCUGAGGGUCCGCCAGCCCACAGGCUCCAGUUCAGGCAGCCGCAGGGUUCCCGCGGUCAGGGUCCCGCAGCACAGGCGGUGGUCAGUGGGAGUCCGAAGGAGGGCACCGACUUCAGGAUGGAGCCUCUACAGGAGGGCGAGGCCGGGGUGCAGAGCGAGCAGGUAGCUUUCGGGGAGGAGGCGGUGCUGGGAGCGGAUGACAUAAUGGCGGAGGUGGAGGUGGUGACCCAGUAGGAAGCCGACGAGAAGCGGCAGGAGCAGGUCCAGCGGACACAGCCUGGCCCUGGGCCCAUGAGCCCAGAGUCUGCACUGGAGGAGCUGCUGGCCGUUCAGGUGGAGCUGGAGCCCGUUAAUGCCCGAGCCAGGAAGGCCUUUUCUCAGCAGAGGGAAAAGAUGGAGCGCAGGCGCAAGCCCCACCUGGACCGCAGAGGCGCCAUCAUCCAGAGCAUGCCUGGCUUCUGGGCUAAUGUUAUUGCAAACCACCCUCAGAUGUCAGCCCUGAUCACUGACCAAGAUGAAGACAUGCUGAGUUACAUGAUCAACUUGGAGGUGAAAGAAGCGAAGCAUCCCAUUCAUCUCUGCCAGUUCAUGUUGUUCUUUCGGACUAACCCCUACUUCCAGAACAAAGUGAUUACCAAGGAGUAUCUCGUGAAUGUCACAGAAUAUAGGGCUUCUCAUUCCACUCCAAUUCAGUGGUGCCAGGAUUAUGAAGUUGAGGCCUAUCGCCGCAGACACAACAGCAGCAGUCUUAACUUCUUCAACUGGUUUUCUGACUACAACUUCGCAGGAUCCAGUAGGAUUGCUGAGUCCCCUGACAGAUCCUAUGUAAGGACCUGUGGCGCAAUCCCCUGCAAUACUACAGGAGGAUGA